GGCGCCGCGGAACGACGCACGGGCGGCGCCAGCACACCGGAGUAGGGGGCAGGGGCGGCGCCAGCGCAACGGAGUGGGGGAGCAGGAGUGGCACCUGUCAACACUGGUGUGAGGGAGCAAGGGAGGUGACAGCCGACUCCCGCCCUCAGCUACUGUAUAUGUCAGCUCACCAGGUGUGACAGCUCUAUAACGGUGACAGCCCACCGGCCGUGACCUCAGCUCCCCAGCCGUGACCUCAGCUCUCCAGCCGUGACCUGUGACCCGGUGACCGAGCCGCUGACGUGGAUCAGCAGUGUCGCAGGGUGGGGACGCGUCCAGGCGAGACGGCAGCGGGUCACACUGGACUGAGCUGACUCCUCAGUUGGCUGUAUUCUGCAGUCGGCACACGGCGGAGCGCCCCGGGACGGGCCGGGCGACAGAGGGACGCACCUCGAGUGCAGUGUCUCGGCUCGGGUUCUGCGCUGGUCACCGCUGCACCUGAUCGGACAAUGCUGACGGCUCCGCUGCGCCUCCUGCCUCUGCUGGUGCUGCUGUCGCUUCCCCCGCGGCUGGUGGGCGCCGGCCGGCCGCUCGGCCGACUGGGACCCGGCCUGGCGGCGCCCCUGCCUGACCUCACGGAAGUGGACGACCCGAACGGCAGUCGACAGGCGGCCAUCGCAGCUGCCGCCGCCGCAGGAACUCCCGGCGCGGUGGUGCCCCCCACCAGUCCUGUGGACGCCCUGCUGGGACCGCUGAACGCCAGCAGAGCUGACCUGUGGACUCCCCCCGCUCCCGGCUGUGAGGGGGAGGACUCCCGGGUGACCGGGUCAGCCGGCGGCGCCGGGUCCUCCCCACAGGCGUGUCGGACGGUGGGCUUCACCGCGGCCAAGGCCAACUACCGCCGACGCAAGGCUGGAGACAGGGGCACUCAGGUGGUGUUCGACAGGGUGGUGACAUCGGUCGGUCGCGGCUGGGACUCGGCGCGCUCCCUGUUCCACUGCUCCUGCCCGGGGCUGUACUUCUUCACCUUCCACGCUCUGUCCCCGUCCCAGGGGCGGGCCAGGGUGGACCUGAUGCUGAACUUGAGUCGCGUGCUCAGCUCGGAGGCCAAUUACGGCGGUUUCGACUCGGGGUCCAACUCGGCGCUGCUGCGACUCGGUCGCGGAGACAUAGUGUUCCUGUGGCUGGCCGAGGGCUUCCUCUACGAAAACGACGCCAGGUUCCGGGGCUACAACUCACUCUCCGGGUACAAAAUCAACUAACAUGUCCAUUUUCCAUCUGAUGUGCCCAGCGCAAUAUGUUCACCGUUUGCAUGUCUAGGUAUACAGUACCUACAUGUCUAAGGCCGUCUACAUGUCUGAGAAUAAGGGGCGUCUGAAUAUGUUUGUUUUACGUAAAACAGUGACUAAGUCUGACUAAAUAUGCACCGAUAUGUGAUAGCUACUUAUCCUGUCCAAAUAUACUUAGGUAUGUACACGUCUAAUA